AUGACGCACUCGGCAGAGAUUUAUAAUUCAGCGGUCUUGGGAACCGAGACCAACUGUCACCGAACGUUCUGGAGGAUUGAUUUGAAGGACGUUUGGGCAAAGUUCGGUGACUGCGUGCAGCUGCACAUCGAGUUCCUAGCUAUGCUGAACCGAAUUCGACCGUUUUUGAAUGCCACCUUCUUGAUCGUGUACUACUCAACGGUGAUGAGCCUGUCCAGUGGUGCCAUCUACGUGUCUCAGAUGAAGACCAUCACGGUAUUUUCGUUAAUUACACUCUACUACUGUGUUUGGAUUUCCUUCGAAUGUGCCACCUUGUCGAGGGCGGUUAGCAUUCUAACGGAUACGCACGAAUCCAUCGGCUGGGAAGUGUACAACCUGGACUGGCCCGAAAAGCUCGAAUGGGAUGAACAGUUCCAGGAGGAGUACCGCUCCGUUCGAGCGACGAUGCUGAACGUGAUGGUCGUGGCGCAGCAACCCUUGGGUUUGAACUGCUUUGGCUUCUUCGAGUUCACCCAGGAUCGGUUCUACGAGCUGCUCAACAUGGCAUGUACGGCGGUGAACACAUUGGCCUUAACUUAA